AUGGAGAUUGAACAAUUUCUUCACAUGAAUGGAGGAGAUGGCAAAACCAGUUAUGCCAACAACUCAGCGAUUCAAAAACAGGGAAUGUACAAGGCAAAACCGAUGCUGGAAGACAGCAUCAAGAUGUUAUUCGGCAACAAUAACUUCCCUAAAUGCUUGAAGGUUGCAGACUUGGGGUGUUCUUCGGGACCGAACACCCUUUUGCUUGUUCAAGAAAUCCUAGACGUUGUCGACGAGACAUGCUGUUGCUUGAAUCACAAGGCACCCGUGUUUCAAGUUUUCCUUAAUGAUCUACCUGGUAAUGAUUUCAAUGCCGUUUUCAGGUCAUUGCCGAGCUUCACCACGAGGUUGAUGGAAGAGAAAGGAAGCAAUUUCGGACCGUGUUUUAUCGCUGCGAUGCCGGGAACUUUCUACGGGAGGCUCUUUCCGAACAACUUUCUUCAUUUCGUUCACUCUUCGUACAUCUUCAUUAGCGAUAUCAGGGAACAUUUGCAUGGCGAAGACAAGUCCCCACAACGUGCACAAAACUUACUUCAACAUUUUCGAGCGGGACUUCAAGCUGUUUCUCGAAUCGCGCGAUUCGAAGAGAUGGUUCCAGGAGGUCAUAUGGUCUUAACCAUCGUCGGUUCCGAAAUCAGAACUUCGUCUUCGAAGACUUGCACCGUUUGGGAGUUGGAGAAGGAAAGAGGCCAAUGUACCACUAUUGCACUUUCAAUGAUCAAGGCUUGA